GGUACAGGUAACACAGUAACCUAGUAGCCUUUCAAGCUUAACUUCUCAAAGUUUAUAGAGACCUAACAAAUAAACAACUGCAGUAAAGUUCUGUUAAAAUAAUCUAAAAGUUAUCAUUUUAAUAAGACAAACAUUCUAGAAGAUUUUGUAUCGUUUCAGACUGGAUAUGUUGACCUUCGUCUUUGUGUGCCUCUCUAUCUCAGUUACAGGCCUGAAUGCCGCUUUUACGGUUACUGUUGGUAGUCCCUUAGUAAAAGCAAAAGAGAAUGAGGGAGCUGACUUGAAAUGUUCCUACACUGAAGACUUCGGAGUAAAUCCCAGAAUAGAAUGGAAGUUCAAGGAUCUCAAGGGCUAUGUGUUUUUUGUCUACUAUAAUAGAAAGAUAACUGCUGAAUUUGAAGGCCGUAUUGCUGUGUAUAAUGGAGGACUUCUAAUUAAAAAGGUGACACAGGCAGACAGUGGAGACUAUGACUGUGAGGUUUCUGGCAAUGGUGGAUAUGACGAACAGACCAUCAAGCUUAUAGUCAUCGUGCCUCCUUCCAAGCCUGUAUCCAGAAUUCCUUCAUCAGUCACAAAAGGCAGUAACGUCAGCCUGACCUGUUUUGACGCAGAUGGCUCCCCUCCAUCCACCUAUAGGUGGUACAAAGACAACACUCCACUCCCUGAGGAUCCAAGCAAUUUCCCCAAUUUUAAGAACCUCACCUACAAGAUGAACAUUUUUAAUGGUACCCUGGAGUUCCCAAGUGUGUCUAAAGUGGAUACUGGCUCAUAUUUCUGCGAGGCCAGUAAUGGAGAAGGCGCCCCACAGGCUGGUGAUGCAGUACACAUGGAAGUCUAUGAUGAGGACAACAGCCAAGUGUCAGCUGUGAAGGGCAGCUUGAGCAUGGAGACCCAGAAAGUCCUAAACAUGAACACCAUUAACCGCAUGGUGGAAAAACAGUAUGGUGUAUACAUGUUGCAAGAGGUGAAACUAAAACUAGAGAUACAAAAACUAGAAUUAGAAAUAACCAAGUUAAAGCUGGAGCUGCAAAAACUUGGACAAGAACCUUAAAUACCAUUCAACAUCACUGCUCUGAAUCCAUGACUUUAUUUCAUGUCAUGAUUUCAGAUGUUUUUAGUCUUAAUUGUAUAUACUGAAAGUGAUUAACUAGAAUCUAGGAUUUAGCAUUUUUAGUACUAUGUUCAAUAUUUUCACCUGUAUUUUGCAUUUACAUGCAUUUGUCAGACAUAAAAUGCAGAUGAAUUUUUUCUCCGGCCUGUGAAUUCCGAAGCUGGUUCUUCAAGCACUUGGCCCUCCUCCGGGUCUGAAAGUGCAAUACUUUACCUUAAAGAAUUUAAAUUUGAGUAUUGUAUCUAGAAAUGAAAAUGACAGAUUAUGUUGCACAACUUGUCUUCAAAACACCUUUCAGUAGCAUUUAAUAUGGCAUGCCUUAAAUAAAUGGUAUGGAUUACAACUA